UCCCCAAUAGAAAAGGGCACUAAAACCCAUACUUUGCCGAUUCCAUAGCCUCAUUUAAAUCAUCCCUCCAGUCAGUCCAUUCAUGUUUAUCAUCGCCGCCAUUAGCAACUAUGGUUUCCGUUGUUAUCCUCCCCACUUUCCAUUACCUUUGAUAAAUGGUCUCCAGUUUAAGCUUCCCUCUUCUUCCUCCUCUCCUCCCCUGUAAAACCAACCUCCGUUUCGCUGCUCGGUACAAGAAGAAGAACAAGACCCCUCUCGUUAAUCUAUUCAUCCCACACCGGAAGUUCCGUCUUCUUGCCUGUGCAGUCCCCAGUCCAAAUCCCAACAGGCUUAAUGUAAGGGUAGCUAGAAAUCUCGCAGCCAAUGGCUUUUCGAAUGAGCUUGUGGAUGGGGAAAGUGAAAGUCAAGAAGCUUCUAUCCAAAUGGGUUCGAACUUCGCUAGUUUCGAACAAGACCCCAUUGUUGACAAGUUAAGGACUCAGCUAGGUGUUAUCCACCCAAUCCCUUCUCCUCCAAUUAAUCGUAACAUUUUUGGGUUUUUUGUGUUCUUCUUUCUUGUCGGGGUUGCUUUUGAUAAAGUCUGGACUUCGAGGAAAAGGAGGGGAAGAUUAGGGGGUUUAGAUGGGGACCUUGUUAAUUUGGGAGCUGGGGUUUGGCCUCAAGUUCCAACAAGUCUUUCUUUGCUAUUGGAAAAGGAUUUGCAAAGGAAAGAAUCAGUUGAAUGGGUUAAUAUGGUGUUGGGAAAGUUGUGGAAAGUUUAUAGAAGUGGGAUUGAGAAUUGGAUCAUUGGGUUAUUGCAACCUGUUAUUGAUAACCUUAAGAAGCCUGAUUAUGUCCAGAGAGUUGAAAUUAAGCAGUUUUCUUUAGGGGACGAGCCUUUGUCUGUUAGGAACGUCGAGCGUAGGACUUCGAGGCGUGUCAACGAUUUGCAGUAUCAAAUAGGGCUUCGUUAUACUGGUGGUGCUCGAAUGUUGUUGAUGCUGUCGUUAAAAUUUGGAAUUAUUCCAAUUCUCGUGCCAGUUGGUAUUCAGGAUUUUGACAUUGACGGAGAACUUUGGGUUAAAUUGCGAUUGAUUCCGACAGAACCUUUUGUUGGAGCUGUUUCGUGGGCUUUUGUCUCGCUUCCAAAGAUCAAGUUUGAGUUAUCCCCAUUUCGCUUGUUUAACUUAAUGGCUAUUCCUGUUCUUUCAAUGUUUUUGAGAAAACUGCUCACUGUGGAUUUACCUCGACUAUUUGUUCGACCGAAGAAAAUUGUUCUGGAUUUCCAAAAAGGGGAAGCAGUUGGCCCUGUUGCAAAUGAUUUGGAAUCAGGAGAAAUUCAAGAAGAAAAAAACAAGGAUUUUGUUGGAGAACUAUCCGUGACCCUCGUAGAUGCCAGGAAGCUGUCUUAUGUUUUUUAUGGCAAAACUGAUCCGUAUGUUACUCUAACCCUCGGGGAUCAAGUUAUACACAGCAAAAAGAAUAGUCAAACUGCCGUAACUGGGCCUACUGGUGAGCCAAUUUGGAAUCAGGAUUUUCAUUUACUUGUGGCAAACCCUAGAAAAGAAAAACUAUGCAUCCAAGUAAACGGUUCCCUUGGGUUCGCUGAUUUGAUUGUUGGUAGAGGAGAGGUUGAUCUUGGGCCUCUUCAGGACACGGUUCCAACAGAUAAUAUUGUUGUCUUGCAAGGAGGUUGGGGAGUAUUCCGAAAGACAUCUGCUGGAGAAGUAUUGCUUAGGUUAACUUAUAAAGCUUAUGUCGAGGAUGAAGAAGAUGACACAACUGUGGCUGGGUCUGUUGAUACCUACGCUUCAGAUGAUGAGUUAUCUGAUUCUGAUGAACCAAAUGCGACUUAUGAGCAGGGCUUAAAACAGAUUACUAAUGAGACAGACAAAGAGUCCUUCAUGGAUGUUUUAGCAGCUUUGAUUGUGAGUGAGGAAUUUCAAGGCAUAGUAUCAUCCGAACCCGGGAGCAAAUCUUUUGAUGGCCUAUCAAGACGUACCGGAAACAAAUCUUCUGAUGACAUAUCAAGAACAGGGUCUCUGAAAACAAGAUUAAGUGGUGUUAAUGGGGAAUCUUUGCCAUCCAAUUCCAAUAAAGGUUCUGAAUCGUCUCCAGGAUCAACCUUGUUCUGGUUUGCUGUGAUUACAAGUAUAUCAGUGCUAAUUGCUCUCAGUAUCGGUGGCUCGAAUUUAUUCAACCCGUGAUAUCACGUGAUGGGCUAGCUGAGUGUUAGUCCUUCUACUUGAUCGAGUUUUAGGCCAUUUUUCCACAAAUGGCUUCCGGGUUUUAGGCCACCGUUCCACAAAUGGAUUCCGAAGGAGAUUCGGAGUUUUCAUUCACGUACUAAACAUAGCUGAGUGUUGAAAUGUGCGGCAGGCAAAAAUUUCUCUUUUAUGAUAUGCAAUGUACAUGGCCAUAAUAGUUACUGCUAUAUGUCUGAUUUCAGUAAAGAGAGUUGAGACUUGAUAGGAGGGUGAGAAAUUAUUACCCUAUUCUUUUCAUGAUGUUCGACACGAAUCGACAACGAAAGGCUAGGCGGUAUUGUGCUAAAUGCUAAUGCUGCGACUUCUGCUGCAGUAGAACCUUGAUUCCUGACCAGACUAGACUCGACCAAUUCAUAUGCAUGUGCAUUCUUUCUUUUCCUGGAAUAUAUUCAGUUACAUGUACAUGUUGUUAUGGAGUU